AUGGAUACAACAGACCAGCUCGAGGCCGAGGAAGCCACCACACCCAUCUUGAUUUCUCCCCCCAGGAGCAAGACACCGCCGACAGUCAUUGGCAAGAGAACAAACAGCGACAGGCGAGCAAGUGAAUCGGAUCGAACACUGCGAAGUGGAGAUGGACCUGUCAGCGCCAAAGCUCUUAACAAGGCUUUGCAGCAGGUGGAAGAGACGGAGCGAACUCGAUCCAUCACUCCCACCGGCAGUCCGAGUCGAAAACGGCAAAAGGUUCACAAUGGUAGCGACCGGUUCAUCCCAAAUCGAGCCGGCCAGGACUUGCAGGCAAGCUACAACCUCCUACACGAUGAUGGCUCACCAGCCACGCCUUCAAAAGGCCACAAGAAGGGCUAUUCGAACGAGCUGAACUUUCAAAAGCGAGAUGCGAAUCGGAGCUAUUCCAACAUCCUGCGCUCGGAAAUGUUCGACAGCGAGGUGCCGCAGGCCAUCCCACAGUCCAUGGAAGGGCCGGGCUCGAGGUCUAAGACUCCUCCGGGCAAUGGCUCCAUGCUGGCUGCUCCGAAUCUCACCCCUUCAACACCGCACAAGAACCUCUUCUCCUACGGCUCGAAUCCCACCCCCUCCCUCACCCCACGAUCGACCUCGAGAAGCGAGAGAGGUCCAAACAUCAAUGCUCGCUCCGAGAUUUACAGUUUAUCGCCGGUCAAGCACUCCUCGCAAAUGAUGCUUCUAUCACCGAGGAAGACACCGAGAGCAGUAAGUAAGGUGCCCUACAAAGUAUUGGACGCUCCAGAAUUGCAAGACGAUUUCUACCUAAACCUGGUGGAUUGGGGCAACAGCGACGUGCUUGCUGUGGGACUGGCGGACUGCGUGUACUUGUGGAGUCGAGAUGACGGACAGGUGAAGCAAUUGUGCAAAUUGGAAGGCGACACGGUCACCAGCGUGAACUGGAUACAACGUGGCUCUCAUCUAGCCAUCGGAACGAGCAAAGGCUUGUUACUGAUCUACGACACUGUAGCAGAGCGGAGGCUGCGGGUAAUGACCGGACACUCUGCAAGGAUCAGCUCCCUCGCCUGGAACGCACACAUCCUCUCCACCGGCUCACGAGAUCGAUCGAUCUUACAUCGCGACGUCCGAUUAUCACAACAAUAUCUGAGACGACUCACCGGUCAUAAGCAAGAAGUCUGCGGCCUGAAAUGGAAUCCAGACACCGAACAACUCGCCAGCGGCGGCAACGACAACAAGAUCUUCGUCUGGGACCGAAUGGAAGAGCGCUGGCUGCACAAAUGGGGCGAGCAAGAAGGCGGGCACAAAGCAGCGGUGAAAGCCAUCGCAUGGAGUCCCCACCACCGCGGCCUCCUCGCCUCAGGCGGCGGAACAGCAGACCGCUGCAUCAAAUUCUGGAACACGAUUUCCUCCUCGCAAUCCAGCACCGUGCCGGGCCUCCCAGCAGUAAACGGCAUCUCCACCGACCAAACCUCCCUCGGCAUCGACCUCUCCAGCGCCGUCGCCCCCACCGCCGCCACCAACUCCGCCAAUCAAAUCAACCCCCACCUCCUCCGCUCCCACGACACCGGCUCGCAAGUCUGCAACCUGCUCUUUUCCCACCUCACCUCCGAACUCGUCUCCACGCACGGCUACAGCCAGCACGCCAUCAACAUCUGGAAGUACCCGUCGAUGCAGCAGGUCGUCAGCCUGACGGGCCACACCUACCGCGUGCUGUAUUUGAGCAUGAGUCCCGAUGGGCAGAUUAUUGUGACGGGCGCCGGGGACGAGACGUUGCGGUUUUGGGACGUGUUUGGGAAGCGGGAGAAGGGUGGGCGCGGGGGGAUUGUGAGUGAGUGGGGGGUUAUUCGAUGA